AUGAACUUGUGUGAAUUUGUAGGAAAAAUGAAAAAGGAAGUAGAUUUUAACUUAUGUUAUGAUGAAGAGAAGAAAAGCUUGAUAGGCUUGUUAAUAGAAAACAAUUUCGAUGAAAUAUAUGAACCGUUAACAACUGAAAGCUUAAGGUUUUUUUUACCACUAAAUGGUGUUUGCUUAAUUGAUUAUCAGUUGCAUUUCUUCAGGCAAAACAAUAUUAAGAAAAUAUAUAUUGUAGUUACUCAUCAUGAAAAAGAAUUGUUAAAGUAUAUAGAGAAUCUCCAGAGAUGCAAAAAAAAAUAUCAUGAUUUAGAUAUCGAAAUUAUAAAAAUGAACAAAAAAAUAAAAACAUUAGGAGAUGUAUUAAGAGAUUUUAAAACAUGUGUAGAAAUUUAUAAUGACGUUUUAUUAUUACUUUCUGAUACUAUUCCAAUCGCAAAUAUAAAGGAAAUAAUUAAGGCUCAUUUUACAAAUAAAGAAAAAUGUAAGAACCAAAUUAUGACACUUAUAUUAUCUCAUUGUACAGAUGAAAAUAAAUCACUUAACGAUGAUUUUGUAAUUGCUUAUGAUAAUUUUACUUUCAAACUUUUAUUAUUUGAAUCGUUAAAAAAUAAAAAUUAUUUAAUAAUAACUAAUGAAAUAUUUGAUGAAGUAAAUACAAAGGAUAAAAAAACCUUGAAAAGGGAUGAAAAGUUACCCCAGUUAAAAAUAGGUGAUAAUAAGGAAUUGAACUUAGGUUCUUUUAAUUUAAACACAUCUACAAAUUCGAUAAUAAUUUCAUACGAUUUAGUAUUACCAAACAUUUUUAUUAUAACACCACAAGUUUUCAAACUUUUUGAAGAUAAUUUUGAUUAUCAAUGUAUGCGUAAAGAUUUUAUAUAUAAUAUAUUGAAACAAGAAAUAAAAAUAGAAGAAAUAUAUGUACACGAAUUAAAUAAUGAUUAUAAUUAUACAGAAUGUAAUCAAAUUAUUACGACAUUAUCAGAUUUUAGAAUUUAUUUUAAAUUCUUUAAAACAUUAAUUGAAAGAAAUAUUCAUCCGUUCUUGUCAAAUGCUAAUCAUCUUCUUCCAGAUUUUCCGAAGAUUAUUUUCUCGGAACCUGGUCUAUAUAAAUCAAAAAGUGCUACUAUUAAUGAUACGUGUAAAUUAUUAAAAAUUGUAUUAAUAGAAAGCUAUACUGAAAUAUUAGAAAACUCUACCAUCGAAAACUCAGUUAUAUGUAAAAAUUGUAAAAUUGGAAAAAACGUUAAAAUUACAAAUAGUAUUAUAGGGAAAAAUUCAAUUAUAAAAGACAAUGUAAUUAUUCUUAGUUCAUAUAUUAGUGAAAAUACUAUUAUAAAUGAUAAUGUUUUUAUUGAUGAAUGUUGUGUUAUUGGUAGAAAUAUGCAUAUACCAUCCGAUGUCAAAAUAGAUAAAUAUACCCGACUAAGUAUUUAUAAAUAUCUCAAGGAUAAAUUGAAGCUAGAGAAAAAAAAUAUAGAGGAUGAUACUUUAAAUGGAUGGUCAAAAAAAAGAAGCAUUGAGCUUAACAGUACGGAACAUACCAUUCAACAAGAGCACAUCUCGGUAAAAGUAGAAAGGGAGGAUAAUACCUUCAUCGAAAUUCCAAAUGAGACAUAUAAUAAAGCCGUAAUCAGCGAUUUAUGUGUUGAGCGGGGGGAAGAGAUAGAUGCUAAUAAAGUUAAGGGAGAAAAGGAUCCGAAAAAGGACAAGGAACAGGUUUACGCAGAAAAGGAAGAGGAAUAUGUGAAUACGCAAAAAGAAGAGGAAAAUAUGUACAUAGAAAAUAAAAAGAAAGAUGUGAGUGCAGAAAAAGAAGAGAAAGAUAGCACAUUUGAAAACAACGAAUGUAAUAUUUUUAAUUCAGAGCCAUUUGAAAUAAGUAAUUAUGUAGUAAAGACAAAAUACACAGAUGACCAGUUAAGGCUAUUUUCGUUAAUUGGCAAUGUGGAAAAUUAUAUAAAAUUAAAAAUCCCAAGUUCCUCAGAAUAUGAUUCAGAACAAGACACUGAAGAAGAGUCCAUAUAUUCUACAUCAAAAAUUUAUACAUCACUAAGUGAUACCAAUGUUAGUGAUAAGGAAGACGAAUCUAACAGUAUGAAUUCUUUAAAUUUAAAUGAUGUAAAUAACCAUUUUAAUAAAAUAAAUAUAGAAAAUGAAAAAUUAACUUUUUCAAACGAAAUAUCUUUAUUAUGCAAAGAAGCUAUUGAGAAACCCCAAUUUAUGAGUCAUAAAAUUUUAGAAAUGAAAAGUUUUAGACUUUCUUUAAAUUACACAGAUUUAGAUAUUAUUAUAUCAUUUUUUCCUAUUGUUUGGGACUUUAUGAAUAAAUUAGAAUUUGAUAAAAAUACAUGGGUAGAUAAUUUUGAUAACGUUAAAUUAGACUUACUAUUUUCUUCGUUCCUUUUAGAUGAUCAGUUAUAUUAUGAAACAGUAUAUGGCUUAAUAUUGAAUUAUUCCAAAAAACAGUAUUUAAAAGAUAAUGUAAAAAACAGCAUAUAUGGACCAGACAAAUUAUGCGGCGCUUUUGAAUAUAUCUACCACUCAGACAUAUUUGAAUUUAACUACUUUAAUGAAUGGAUAAACAAAAACGAGUCAGACGAUUACCUGACAAAUAAUAAACGUCUAAAAGCCUUUGCGGAAUGGCUAUCAGAAGAAUAA